AUGGCUGCGACACCAGAUCCGGACACUGUUGCUGCGGCGAGCAUUGUGGUGUAUGGCCGUGGCGAUUCGGUAUCCGAUGAUACAGUCAAGAUCAAUGUGACGUCGCGGAGCAAGGAGAAGUGGACACACGAACUCUCGCCGUUUUUCCUCGGCCCAGUGACGGUGGAUCUGGGCGGCGGCCGGGUGUAUCAGGCGGCGCGAUUCGAGAAUGCGUGGCAGUACACCAAGGUGUACGCGGUCCACGCCGACGACGAUAAUGAGCCGACUGAUGCGUACUUUGUGUGGGCCGAGGCUGGGUUUGCCAACCCCAAGGCGGUGCGGUUCCCGAUGGGCCGCGGCGCCAAGCCGCUGUAUGCGCUGUGGAAGGGUCGGAGGCUGGGGUAUGUCGAGGCGAGGCUGGAGAUCUACGCGCCGCUCUACGCCGAUGCCGUGCGGGCGACGGUGGGCUGGGGCAAGCUGAAGGCGGUGUAUGAGAAGGCGGUGAAGAGCGGCAAGAAGCUCGCACUGUUUGACUUUGACGGCCACAACUCGAUCGCCGCUCUUGGCUCGUUUGAGCGGAUAUUGUACAAUACCAAGCGCAAGCUUGGGCACGCAUUUGUCCUCGCCAUGCUGCUCACCGGGAGCGAGCCGUGGGAGGCGCCGUUUGACGCUCACAAGGUACAUGCGACGUCGAUCGGGCGGCGGCGGUGA